AUUUGGAUAAAAAGGAAAAAAAAUUUAAAUUUAGGUUUCCUUCUUGAGACACUCACACGAAGGAACCCACCCCCCUCAUUGUCCAGCACUGAUUACCGUCCGCCACCCAUCCGCCCUCUGUCACCCAACUCUUCAGCCCGCUGCCACCCACGUCCAGUCGCGCCGCUGCCCGUGCUCGUCCCCCGCACCGUCGAUCGUCUGCCUUAAUCUUGAUUAUUGGGGCUGGCUUUAAAGUCUUGAGGGAUAGAAACCGCUGUCCAACAGAUUAAAGAUCAGAUUUUCUACAUUUUGGUUCGUUUCUGCAUUCCGCAACUUUGGUGCAAUUUCGGAUUUGUCAAACGUUGGGGGCUUGAUUCAAGGUUUCAUUAGACAAGAAGGGAAUAAAUUUGCUUGCUUUCUGGGCUCAGUUUCGUGGAAGAAAGAUGGAUCCAUGCAACUUUUUCAACUAUCAAGAGUUGUUAUGGUAGCAUAGCCAGGCUGCAGGGGAUGCGGGUCCAUUAGAUGAGAAUCAAAAAACAAAAGCGGCAACGGAGAGCUGUGAGAUUCUACACUACAUGCUGUGGAUUCAGGCCACCAUUUAAAAUCUUUUGCGAUGGAACUUUUGUGAACCAUCUUCUCUCCAAUCAGAUAAUGCCGGCUGAUGAAGCUGUUGCUAAAACUGUUGGUGAUAGAGUAAAGCUUUUCACCACCAGAUGUGUACUCUUAGAGUUAAAGGCUCUUGGCCAAUCCUACGCGGGAGCUUUUGAGGCAGCUAGUCAGCUGUUCACUGCGAGAUGUGACCAUGAAAAAAGAAAGAGUGCUGAGGCAUGCAUACUUGAUGUGAUCGGUGAAUCAAAUCCUGAGCAUUUUUUUGUUGCCACUCAAGAUACCAAUCUUAGGAAGCAACUUCAACAGAUACCUGGGGUUCCACUCAUAUUUGGUCUGAGAAAUACACUUUUCAUGGAGCAACCCUCUGACGUGCAACGGCAGUUUGUUAAGUCUUUAGAAGAAAAAAGAAUGCACAUGUCUGAGGCGGAACGUGAUUUAUUGAAGAAAAAGAUGAAGUAUGUAGUGGAAGCUGAGAAAACUAAUGAAGAUGAAGAUUUGGGAGAUCAAAAUUUAGACGCACAGGUUUUGAAAAAGAAAAAGAACAUUCUAAGUAAUUUGAAAGACAGACCUCAAUUUAAAAGAAACAAAGCAAAGGGUCCAAAUCCUCUUUCAUGUUUGAAGAAAAAGGUUAAACCAAGUCCACAUCCAGUUUCAGAGAAGAAGAAGGAUGAUGACGAUUUGGCUCAAAAGCGUACUCGAAAACGAAAGCGAUCGCGAAAGGCUAAAGCACCAACAGAAACGGUCACAUCGUAGUUAGGCCCUUUUUGGUUGUGCCUUUGGAAAUUUAGUUGUUGUGAGGCAAAUAGUAGAAUGAUUUGCUCUUAAUUCCUUAGCUGAGGAUUAGAAAGUACUUGAGCUACCCAUGGUCUCAAGUGAUCAAAAUUUUCUUCGAACUCGAAAAAUACUUGGUCAAUAGUGUUUCGUGUUUAAUCAAUUAUACGGAAGGAAAGGAAAUGGAUGAUUUCGCGGGUUAGUUUA